AUGGCAUUGGCAGCUCAACUCGCAGCUUUGCGUAACACAAUGAAGGAUUUGGUCAUGCUAGAGCAACAUGUUGCAGAAGCUCAACCUCCAAAUGAGCAGUGGAUGAAUCAAAUGCUAGAAAAUCAUGAAGUUAUGCUUCAAGGUCAUGGAGCUAUCUUGAAGAGCCUUGAGAUACAAAUGGGGCAGAUUGCUUCUGCCCUUAGUAGUAGACCUUUGGAGACACUACCAAGUGACACAGAAAUACCUAAAAGGGAUGGAAAAGAAGUGUGCAAAGCCCUCAACUUGAGGAAUGGACAGCAAGUGGAUAACUUUGUUACAACCCAACCAUCAACCACUCAAUCCUCACCUCAAGACAAAGAUGAUGAAGAGGAAAACAUUGUUGAACCAGUAAGGGCAGCAAUGAAAUCAAAUGAAUUAGACAAGCCUAUGCACAAUAUUGAGGCUCAUCAACCUAUAUCAAAGGCAAGACAGAUCCCUUCUCCUCAAAGACUCCAAGAGCAGCAACAGGAGCACUGUCUCUCCAACAAUUUGUCAGCCAAGCUGGAAAAUCCAGGUUCUUUUACAAUAACUCCUCAAAUAGCUGAUAGGUCACUUGCACACCAUGAUGGAAAAAUAGAGAACAAAUCAGUGAAAGUUUAUAGGUUUAUUUUUCCAGCAAAUUUCAUAAUAGUUGAUUUUGAAGCUGACAAGGAUAUGCCUAUUAUAUUGAAUAGGCCAUUCUUAGUUAUGGAGAAUGCUAUAAUUGAUUUUAAAACAGGAGAACUAACCAUGGGAGUUAAUGAGGGAAAGAUAACUUUUAAUGUUUUAGAAGCCAAGAAUUUCAUUGAUGAAGAUUCUAAUGAUUGUUCUGUUAUUUCUGUUUGGGAUCAUCUG